AGCUACUAAAACAUGCAUGAAUCCUCUCACGCAGAAUCACCCACCGACCGCUGCAAGGUCGCAUUCAAUCUUGGGGCUUAGUGGCCGCUCUCCACUCACACAAUUAGCGCUGAUAAGAGAUAACAAGAUAGCUGAAGGCUCAGUCAUCACUGUCUAAUACGACACUCGAGUUACGCAGAAUUACGGAAUCGGUGAAAUUAAAUUGCAAUUUUCAAAAAAAUUGAGAAUCACGCGAAUUUUUUUGGAAGUAUUUUUGAACUUAUUUUUGUGUUUGAGAGUUUUUAAGAUCUUUGUGGUGUAUAAGGAAAGUGAUGUUUUGUGAUAUGUGAAUACAAAACAUCAUAAAGUGUGAGAUGAAUCUGUGACAGCGAAGUGUUUGCGAGAAAUAAUUAAAAUAUACGGUCAACAAUUAUUCACAAAAAAUGGAAAAUGAUCAGCUAAUAAAAGAUUUAGAAUUCGAGCAAAUAAACCUACUUUAUGAUGAAUGUGUUAAUUAUUUGAAGAAAAGCAAAGACACAGAUAUUUUUCAAGGAAAGAAAUAUCAUUUGACUGAUGACGACUUUGAAGACCCUGAUUACGAAAUAAUUAAAGAAAAAGAUGUAAAAAACAAUUCAAAAGAAGAAGCAAAUGACAAAACUAAUAAGUAUGAGAAUCAUAAUGGCUUUUACGAACUUAAAAUCGAUUAUAAAGUUGAAAACGAAAUAAUCUCGGGAGAAAGCGUAAACUCUUUGGAUGUCAAGUCGGAGAGAUUGAGAAAAUUGUCGCAGCAGCUUCCAAAAAUAAUCAUAACUCAAAGCAAUACGAGUCUGGAUUUAAAGGAAGGAAAGACGAGGGUGGAGGAUUUGGUACCUCCAGCGAAGCAAGAGCCAAAACAGCAGCAUAAUACUGUGCGAAAGCCCCCACCCCUCCGUAGAGGGGGCUACGGCGAGUUUCCAAAACGCUUGGUUUCCAAGAACGGCGUGGAGAAUGUGGCUUUGAUAUCUAACGUGCCUUUCGGGAAGAUCCGACUCUUGAACGACACAUUCCACACUUUGAUAAACCUGCAAUGGCGUUGGAUAGUGAUGGGCACGGUGCUGGUCCACUUCACCAUCUGGCUGGUGUUCGCCGUGUUCUGGUACAUCACGGCGCUGGCACACUACGACUUCGAGCCGAAUCCGCCGAACAAGACAUGCGUCACUGGGGGCAAAGACUUCGUGAACAUAUUCUUGGCCUCUGUUGAAGCUCAGACGACCAUAGGAUUUGGCGACCGGACGAUUGACGAAGAGUGCCCAGAAUCAAUAUUCCUGUUUAUCAUGCAGCUAAUCCUAGGGACUGGACUAUCUGGAGUCCUGACAUGCGUCGUGUACGCAAAACUGACACGCCCCGAGAAACUGUCCAGAGAUGGCGUUGGUUUUAGCAAGAAAGCUGUGAUCAGUCUUCGCGACGGCAAACUCUGUCUGAUGAUGAGGGCGUGGGACCUGAACUACGACCACAUCAUCAGCUCGGAGUUUACGGCGCAUUUCGUCAACACGCACAGGACAAAAGAAGGCGAGAUGCUCCGCUACUACGCCCGCGGGCUGACGCUCCAGCAGAACCAGUUCCUGCUAUGGCCUGUGACCCUCGUGCACGAGAUCAAUGAGGAUAGCCCCUUGUUCCACUUCACGCCGCAGCAUGUCGCCCACAACAGCUACGAGAUCACAGUGAGCCUAAAGGGAGCGUCGGCAUCUAUGGGCACGUUCACACAGAGUCAGACCUCCUACCUUCCGAAAGAAGUUAUUUGGGGACAUCGCUUCCCACCGGUGGUCAAGUACGACACGCGAAAACAAAAAUACGUAAUUGACCACCAGAAGCUGGAUGCUACUGAACCAGUUGACACUCCGAAUUACAGCGCGAGUCAAUUGUACAGCAUGCUGGACGACAAGCCUGACCUGCCGCCGCGGCCGGGCACGCCGAGCAGCUUCAGCGACAAGAUCUCCGCCUUCCAGCUGGAGAGGACCUCGUCCUUCAAGCGGAGACCGGUCAAACCAUGAGCCAGGCUCCGGCAGAGCUACGUCACACCGCACAUUUUCUCCAUUUAAACUUCAAAAGCUAUAGCUUCCUCAUUGUGGACAAAAAUCUUGUGAAGAUUAUUUCAACCAAAUGUCAUUUACUGCUCAUUAGAUAGUCGUCGGGCCACCGAGUCGGAGGCAUGCUACGUAUUGCGGUCCGUGGUCGCCACUCGUGAAUUUUUCUGCUAUUGGGACAUAUCAUCAGGCAUUAGUUCUGCAAGCCAUGUGUCGAUCAUCAUAAGACUGGCUGUGCAGCUCUGGCAAAGUUACGUCACAACACGCACUUUCUCUAUUUGAAGCUUUGGAAUACGAAACCCCAAUUCAUCAUUUUAGCUUCUUAGGGCAGUCCACUACUGUAAGAUGCCUCCCAUAAAGAAACAAAGCGAUCAUGAACUUCUCAACCUUUUCCAUCUAGCAGUUCCAGUGAAUUUGGGUACGGUAUUUCGGAUGUUAUCGUUAAUUGUAUCGCAAAAAAAAACUUGAUUAAUUUGUGAUAAGAUUGAAUUUCAUACAUAAUAAAAUUGUACGUGUAAUCUGGUUUGUAAAUAAAUAGUAUUUUGCAAUAUUAUUAGUCAUUAAGUUGUUUAUUAUGCUAGGUUUAUCAUUGUGUAAAUUUUUCCAUCCAUUUCUUUUUUCAAUAUAGAACUUAUAACUAACUAACUACAUAAAGUGCCACAGUCUUGUAAAUAACUUAUAUUUUCCCUUUAUUUUAACAAAUUGUGUAGCUCUGCCUCUUUCUUGCUUUAUGCCUGAAUUAGUGAUGAUAAUUCAGUAUUUUACAUUUAAUUUUAUUGUUUAAUCUCAAUGUA